GAACAAUCGCUUGGCCAUGGAUACGUGAAUUCCCCCUCCGAAGAAACCGAACAUCUGCGUUUUCUUGACAACCUUGGUGACGAGGCCGACCAACACGCUAGUGACAGUUUCAUCGCACCGUGAAGCAUCCUUACGCCUAGUUUGUUAAGCACGAAUCUUAUUCCAUGAUGUGUUGGCAAGAAACACUUUGUUUCAGCUAAGUUUCACCGACACAUUUAAUAUAAACGGUUCCUUUGAUUCAUAUUGCAAAUUUUCAAUCUUAAAAAAAUGGCACAACUGGGUUCGGUAGAAACGGGUCACGAUAACAAGAAGGAUGAAGUGAUUCGGAUAGAACGUGAAUCGGUCAUCAAAGUUUUGAAGCCUCACCUCAUCAUGACAUUGGCCAACCUCAUUAAACAUAGUUCUGAUAGACUUGAGUUUUUGAAGCUAUGCAAAAGAAUAGAGUAUACAAUUCGAGCUUGGUACAUUCUUCAGUUUGAGGACAUGAUGCAACUCUAUUCCCUCUUUGAUCCUACAUCUGGGGCCCAGAAGUUGGAACAGCAGAACUUGCCUCUUAGAGAAAUUGAAGAACUUGAACAGAAUUUCUUGAAGUACCUUUUUGAGGUCAUGAAAAAGAGCAACUUCAAGAUUGCAACACAAAAUGAGAUUGAUAUUGCACUUUCUGGACAGUAUCUUCUAAAUCUUCCCAUUACUGUUGAUGAAUCUAAGCUUGACAAGGUUCUUUUAAAAAAAUAUUUUGAAGCACAUCCCCAACAUAACCUUCCAGAUUUCCAUGAUAAGUAUAUUAUCUUUCGGCGUGGCAUUGGAAUUGAUCAAACAACUGAUUUCUUUAUCAUGGAGAAAGUGGACAUGCUCAUAGCACGUUUUUGGGCAUAUCUAUUAAGAAUAACUAGGUUGGAAAAGUUUCUAUCCAGACGGUCAAAAUUGCAUUGUAGGAAGGACCCAAAGAAGAACGAUGAAACUGACUCAGAAGAUUAUCAGGAUGAUGCAUAUAAACGAAUACGCCUUGAAAAUUUGCCAUUGAGUUUUUCUAAUUUGCUGAACAAGAACACAAUCCAAGAACUCACGUUUGAUAGGAUAAUUGUUGUGUACAGGCCAGUGAGUUCCAAAUCAAAAUCAGAACGAGGAAUUUUUGUGAAGCAUUUCAAAAACAUUCCAAUGGCUGAUAUGGAAAUAGUUCUUCCAGAAAAGAAAAAUCCUGGAUUGACUCCAAUGGAUUGGGUCAAGUUUCUAGGAUCUGCUAUAGUCGGGCUGGUUGCUGUAGUUAGCUCCCUUGAAAUGGCCUCAACUGAUUUGACGGUGAUUGUUGCUGUUCUUUCCACAGUACUUGGUUAUUGUGUUAAGACAUAUUUCACGUUCCAACAAAACUUGGUUGCAUACCAAAACUUGAUCACUCAGUCAAUGUAUGAGAAACAACUGGACAGUGGAAAGGGUACACUUCUCCAUUUAUGUGAUGAUGUCAUUCAGCAGGAAGUCAAAGAGGUAAUAAUAUCAUUUUAUAUUUUGAUGGAACAGGGAAAAGCUACAAGACAGGAUCUGGAUCGAUGGUGUGAAGACCUAAUCAGAGAAGAGUUUGGGGGGAGCUGCAAUUUUGACGUGGAUGAUGCGGUUCAGAAAUUAGAGAAGUUGGGAAUUGUCACUAAGGAUGUCAUUGGUCGGUAUCAAUGUGUUGGGCUGAAACGGGCUAACGAGAUAAUUGGCACCACCACUGAAGAGCUUAUUCUUAAGGCAAAACAAGGAAACAUUUCUCCUUGA